AUGACAGGGGCAUUAGUUACAACAAAAAAAGGUCUUACACUCUAUGGACUUCUUCGUUUAGCUGUAACUACAAAAUCUGCUGAAAUAAUGACAACAGCAUUGGCUCCAACGACAAUUUCUGGCUUGUUAACAUGUAAUGCAAAUAAAAAUUAUCAAUUAAAUCAGGACAAUGCAAUUUAUAAUGACCAAAAUUACACAUGUCCGUCAAUAACACUUGAUAGUAGCAAAGCGUAUUGUAUAUCAACGUUGACCACCGCAAUUCAGUACUGUGAUAAUGAUAUAAACUGUGCUGGUUAUGAAUAUACAACAAAUCAAGAUUGGCAUCAUACUUACGAUAGAAAUGGUUCGCCAUCUGUUCAGUUGUACGGCCGCAGUAGAAAUGCUACAGAAAAUAAUGGGUGGACAACAUGUGUAAAACGUAAGUCACUAUAA